AUGCCUCUCUACGAAGCCCUUUCUCCCCGUUACUCCAAAAGUGAUGAUUCGCCCUAUAGUUACCUGGCGGCCUUCUCAGUCGGGUUAAGUAUUCCCCUCUUAUUGACCUGCUUACUCGUCAUUGUGGCCUGGCGCAGGGAUGUUUCCAAGGCCAAGUCGGAAAAAAAGGAGAUCCUCAACUCGCUCACACUGACCAAGCAGAAGCUCGCGGAGGCGAUCGAACUACAUGAAAAGCAGCGCAAGGACAUCCAGCGGCUGCACAGGAUUGGUUCGCGAUAUGUCCUCGAGCACGGACCGCUCCAGAUUACAGCGGAGGUCGAGCAAGUGCCGGAGGAUGGGGACCGAGUGCCGGAGGGCAACCCGCCACCCGAGGACGGGGACGCGUUCGUCGUCAGCGAUGAAGAGGAAUGGGAUAGCGAUACGCCGGCCCGGCACUCGCUCGUCUCGGCCGCUAGCACGGUCGAGACGGACCCGGCUGCGCCGAGGAUCGCAACCACCGGUGUUAUGCCCACCGCUGCCCACCUGUCCGGGGAGGCUGCAAGGUCCGGAGCCGGAACGGCUGCAUGA